GCUUCCUUCAUUCCCACUGCGUCCCCUUUUUCACUGGCUACUACUUCAUCUACAAGAAUGUUAGUUAUCAAAUACUGUUGAUUUCAUUUGGUUUAUACUAAAAUUGAGCGAGUGAACUCUGCAAAUUGGGAGGGACGCCAACAUGAGUUUCCUCUUUGGGAAUAAGAAGACCCCUGCAGAACUUCUGCGGGAGAACAAACGGAUGCUAGACAAAUCUAUUCGUGAUAUAGAACGUGAAAGACAAGGUCUGCAAUCUCAGGAGAAAAAGCUUAUUGCAGAGAUUAAGAGAACAGCAAAGCAAGGACAAAUGGGUGCUGUAAAAGUGAUGGCAAAGGAUCUCAUUCGAACAAGGCAUCAAAUAACAAAGUUUUAUGCACUUAAGUCACAGCUCCAGGGGGUCUCUCUACGUAUUCAGACAAUGAAAUCAACACAGGCAAUGGGAGAUGCUAUGAAAGGUGUUACAAAGGCAAUGGGACAGAUGAACAGGCAGAUGAAUUUACCAGCCUUACAGAAAAUAAUGCAAGAAUUCGAAAGGCAAAAUGAAAAGAUGGAAAUGGUAACAGAAGUAAUGGAGGAUGCUAUAGACGACGCCUUGGAGGGAGAUGAAGAAGAGGAAGAAACUGAACAACUUGUCAAUCAAGUUCUGGAUGAGAUUGGGAUUGAUAUUAAUUCUCAGCUCUUGAAUGCUCCAGCAUCGUCAGUGUCUGCAUCUGUACCUGCAGCUCCUACAAAGGUUUCCCAACCAACUGUAGCUGGCAGUGAUGAUACUGGGAUUGACAGCGAUCUACAAGCAAGGCUUGAUAAUCUGAGGAAAAUGUAACUGAGUAUGCUGCAACUUGGGUGAAGCCCACUAUUAACAUGCUCUUGAUGUUAUUCUAUUAUUUGGGUGAAUGCAAUGCCUUUCGAGGUUCAUAUUUUAUGUAUGCCAUAAAUUUGUCCAGCUGUUAAAAUUUAUAAUCUUUGAGCUGAAGGAUUACGAUAUUUGUUAAAAUUACAAGCGGAGCAGCUAUGGGGAGCCUGUUUUGAUUGAGCAUAUGUAAUUAAACUUCCAAGUUACUUUUUUGGUUAGAAGUGUCCACCCAAAGGGAAAAUCAGAAAAUUCUUGGUCAAAAUGUUGACAGUUUGAUAUGCUCAAUUAUUAGUCCCUCCCAUGGCAGACAUUCUAUUGUAAUCAAUUCAAGCAAGUUGUCAGUUUAAAUAAACCAAUCACAGCAAAGUAUAUUUCUUUAAUAAUAUUCUUGAUAUAUAUAAGUUAUAUUGAAAAGACAAGUAAA